AGCUUUUAUAAUAUUUAGUAUUUUCGAAGUAGCCGUAACAAUGAGCACGUUGCUUUGUACUAUUAUGUUAUCAGUGUUUUGCAUUCUUACUGUUUCGAUGACAUAUGCAUCUAUUGAUGCAUUGCAAAUCCUCGCAAUUGAAAGUAUUGCCGGUAAAAGUCAUUGGAAUUUUAUGAGUGCAGUUCUCCGAUCUUUGACGGACAUCGGUCAUAAUGUUACCGUAUUUACUCCAUUUCCCGAUGGCAAUCGGGAUAACUAUACAGAAGUAUUCUUGGAUUUACCAUCGAAAGUCGAAAUGGAUGCUGAAUACACGUUGAACACAUUUGGGAAAUCGACUGUGAUGAUCCCUCUACUCAUGAAUAUGACUCGAUCCUUUUGCAAGAUCGCAUAUGAACAACGGGAAAUGCUAGAAAUCGUAGACAGUGGUAAAUCUGCAAAUUAUGAUAUUAUUUUCACUGAAAUAGCUGCAUCGGAAUGUGCAUCGCAUAUAGCUUCGAAGCUGGACUUGCCACUGAUAUACGUAAUUCCUUCGCCAAUGAUCACCUACAUCGAGCAUACUGUAUUCGGAGACGUAUCAAAUCCAGCCACAGUGUCCCAUCUGUUUGCUCACCACGCAGUACCUAGAACAUUUGCUCAAAGAUUUGUAAAUGUCAUACUUUUAGGUUUUAGUUUACUGAUGUUAAAAUAUAAAGAAAUGGAAUUGAAAAAAAUUGAUUCACAACCAUAUGAUCUGGUAGAACCUAUAAAACCGUCAUUAGUGUUCAUGAACACACAUUACAUUACCGAGGCACCAAGACCUUUUCCUGCAAGUUUUAUACAAAUUGGAGGGAUACAUCUGAGUGAACCAAAAGGCAUACCAAAUGAUGUACUGGAGUUUAUUGAGAAUUCACCACAUGGAGUAAUUUAUUUUACGUUUGGCUCAGUCAUAUCAAUGUCAACUUUACCAGACCGUGUUCUCAAAGCAUUUAAAGAAGCUUUAGCACAAGUACCUCUGAGGGUAUUAUGGAAAUACGAAGGAGAAAUGAAAGAUAAACCAAUAAAUGUAAUGACAAGUAAAUGGUUUCCUCAGCGUGAUAUACUCAUGCAUCCAAACGUCAAAUUAUUCAUUAGUCACGGAGGUAUAUCGGGUGUAUAUGAAGCUGUAGAUGCAGGUGUUCCUGUUCUUGGAUUCCCUCUCUUCUACGAUCAACCUAGAAACAUUGAUAAUUUAGUUGAAGCAGGAAUGGCGAUUUCUAUGGAUCUUUUAACAUUACAAAAAGAUGAAUUGUUAAAAAAUAUUUUAGAUCUCAUUAAUAACGAAAAGUAUACGAAGAAUGCUAAAAUAGUUUCUGAUAGAUUUAAAGACCGACCAAUGUCACCGGCAGAAUUAGUUGUUUACUGGACAGAGUACGUAAUUCGUCAUAAAGGUGCACCACAUUUAAAAUCUCACGCUCUUAAUUUGACGUGGUAUCAAUACUUUUUAUUGGAUGUUAUUUUUGUGAUAUUUAUUUUUAUUUCCUUUGCUAUUUUCAUUACUUACAAACUUUUUAAAAUUAUGUAUUCUUACUUCUUUUUAAAAUGUUCACAAACUAUCAGACCAAAGUUAGAAUAACUUGAGUAGGUAGUAUCAUAAUAUUAUUAAAUGAUUGUAAAUUGUAAAUUUAUUUUUUGAAUACAAUUAGUUUUAUUUUCU